AUGUCCACCGCGGCUACAAAGCGAAAGCUGGUCGUCUGUGGAGGAAAUGGUUUCUUGGGGAGCAGAAUAUGUAAGGCAGCGGUUGCAAGAGAUUGGGAUGUGGUAUCCAUAAGCCGAUCAGGUGAACCACACUGGCCAUCAGUCUCUUCACAUCAGAUCGCACCUGCCUGGUCGAAAUCUGUGACCUGGCGAUCCGCGAACAUUCUCCACCCCGACACCUACAAGUCAGAUCUGGCAGGAGCACAUGCCGUCGUCCACUCGAUGGGUAUUUUGUUAGAAGCAGACUACAAAGGAGCUCUGACUGGGAAGGAGUCGCCAAUUGCAGGACUAAGAAGAGCAUUCUCAGCACAAAAGCAGGGCGGUAACUCGAAUCCUUUGCAAAAGGGACAAAGAAUAGAGCCAGGAGAGAAAGAUGGACAGCUCACAUAUGAGCUUAUGAACCGGGACUCUGCGAUCGUGUUGGCAAGAGAGGCGAAUGAGGCCGGUGUCAAGGCCUUUGGAUAUAUCUCUGCGGCCGCAGGAGCGCCUAUCCUACCUGGACGAUACAUCAGCACGAAACGGGAGGCUGAGAGCACCAUUUCCUCCGAGUUCCCAAAGAUGCGGAACCUAUUCUAUCGACCAGGCUUCCUCUUUGAUUCGUCAAGGACCUUCACGGUCCCCAUGGCUGCAGUCACUUACGCUGGUUUCAUUGCUAACUCAUUGACUGGAGGCAAUCUGACUUGGCUUAUUGGCGCAGGCGGUGCAAAGCCUUUGAAAGCAGAUCUCGUGGCGGAGGCUGUGGUGGAGGGACUAUCCGACGAUAAGGUCAAAGGUCCAAUCGAGGUGAAGGAGAUUGAAGAGCUCGCCAAUCGUGCCUGGCGAAGAGGCAUGCUCUAA